UCUGGACUGGAGAAAUAGGGAGCGUGCAAAAGUGAAAUAAGCAUUGCAAGUUGUCUGUGGACUGUUUAACCCUCCGUGGAACGCACAAGAGGGAACAUGGUGCAGCAAACGGAACACAGCGAGACGGAAAGUAGCGCGUCCAGGGACGCUACGGACACCGAGGAAAGCGAGUUAAUGGCUUGCAGCCCCGUUCCGUUGAAGCCGGACUGGUGCAAGACAGCAACCGGUCACAUAAAGCGACCCAUGAAUGCAUUCAUGGUGUGGUCGAAAAUCGAAAGGAGAAAGAUCAUGGAACAGUCCCCGGACAUGCACAACGCGGAGAUCUCCAAAAGGCUGGGAAAACGGUGGAAAAUGCUGAAGGACAGUGAAAAAAUCCCGUUCAUCAGGGAGGCGGAAAGGCUCCGACUAAAACACAUGGCUGAUUAUCCGGACUACAAGUACAGACCCAAGAAAAAACCAAAGCUCGACAGCUCUUCAAAAUCAACCGCGCCUUCGCCGGAGAAGUCUAGCGGCAAAACUGCAAAAGCUGCCGGUAAGAAAUGUACAAAAUUAAAGACCAGCAAGGCGGGCACCAGACCCUCGCACGAUUACAGAUACGACUAUGUGUUCACAAACUUAAAGGUUAAUAAGAAUCUUAAAAGGGAACUCAGUGAUGAGGAGGAUGAGGACGAGGACUAUGAAGAUGAGUUACCGAUGCGGAUUAAGCAGGAGGAGAUCGAGGAGCAAGUCCGGCCGUACAAUGUAGCCAAAGUCCCCGCCAGCCCAACACUGAGUUGCUCUGCCGAAUCGGAGGGCACAAGCAUGUAUGAAGACACAAGGGAAACCGCACCAAAUAGACUCUUCUACAAUUUUAAGAACAUCACCAAGCAGAGCACCGCGUGCCCUGCGUCUCUGUCACCAGCCUCUUCAUCCAGGUCCGUCUCCACCUCCUCCAGUUCCAGCGAAGACGUGGACGACUUGCUCGUUGACUUCAGCUUGAAUUUCGCUGCCCCUUCCCAAGGGUCCGAGCUGGGGAGCUCGAAUUCAGGAAACCUGUCUCUGUCUUUGGUGGACAAAGAUUUGGACUCGUUCAGCGAGGGCAGUCUGGGUUCCCACUUUGAAUUUCCAGAUUAUUGCACCCCCGAACUCAGUGAGAUGAUUGCUGGGGACUGGCUGGAGGCGAACUUUUCGGAUUUGGUCUUUACUUACUGAGUUAAAAGGACUGAGUAAUAACAGAGGACGAGGAGUAAAAUGACAUGCCCUGCUCAAGCUGUUCCCAACCCUGCCUCUUGCGGUGUGUAUCUGGGAGAAAGGGGAGGCAAAGUGGGGACUGGGGAAUUUUAAAAGAUGCGUACGGAGGUGGUACUGUUGCCAAAAAGUCCGCCGAUGGUUUUCUGACCGCUUGACAGGGUUUUAUGGAUUUUCUGCGGGUCCACAGUUUGCGCUCUGCUGAACUGGACCGGAGGAGGAAAUCUGAAGUCCUAUCUCCUAUGCAUCUUAACCCUCUUGUAACUGCAGGGAGCUGGAACACGUAAGACUGGACAGAUUCCAAGCCAAUCUGAACUGCCAGUGUUCAGGAUGUAAAGAUUUUUCUCUUUUUUCCCAAUUGUGUGUGAUUUCUAGCUAUAUGCCGCAAAUGUUUCUUUUUGUAUCCGGUUCCGUUCACCUCCUGGUUUGAAAAUAUAGCGGGAUAAGCCGCUCUAGAAAACAGGUAUGAGGACACAUUUUGAUACAUAACAUACCUCAUCUUUUUAAAACUAAAGUAAAAUAUUUUCAGGCAUAUUUUUGUACAGUUAACAAGGGAAUGUUCUUACUGUGCGUUCAGUGAGUUUUUCAGGCACUUCUACCCCGUUCUGUUUAUUUUAGCACGCAAGAGUCCUGGGAGGAGGAUUACAGAGUUACAUUAAACUUGCAUCUAAAUGCCUUGUAAUUUUAAGAUGGGGUUUGUACAGCUGUAGAUGAGAUUUGGUGCGUAUUAGUAGGGAUGAGUCAAAACGGAGGUGGGGACCAUAGACCUCACUGCUGGUACUAGUUGCGAUUGUAUAUGUACUGUAAUAUAGUAAAGUUAGGAGUUUAUGUAUAUCAUUGUGGAUGGGUUUCAACUAGCAGGUGUGAAACUGGAUUUUUUUUUUGUAUUUUAUAUCAUUUU